AUGUGGACCCGAAAAUGUGCUCCUAGUGCUGUGGCUGAGUCGCCUGACCUGGCGGUGGCCAUACUAACUUUACCAGCCUUCUUGCCACGUGCGGCUGUAAACGCACCAAGUGCUCCUGAGCACAACGCCAGCUUCUCAGCAUCAGGUCCUCUAGUUGCACAAGCGUCUGUGACCCUAAAUUCAACUGAAAGAAGAAGGAAGCAAAACGUUAAUACAGCUCAGACACACAUGACAGGCACAGCUCACACAACCAACGAAGACCGCGGCUCGGUGGAGACUGAUCAGACACCGCUAGCGGCACCCGCAGUCAGUAAGGCACCCCUUGCUGUUGGACACAGUGGCAUCCAGGCAUUGCCAAGACCUGUAGCUGCUGCAACGCCUGCAACAAUAACUCCACCUGAAACAAAUGAAGAACAUAUUGAAAGUUCAGCUCACAAUAACAACAACAACGUUACUUACCAGACACCAGAUAAUUCUGCACUAGCAGCAACUAGCCACUACGCACGUGCCACAACACUAACUACGGCCGGCAGCACACCUUCCGAUACACCGGACACAGCGGCAGGCUCCACAGCCGCUGCUGCUAGGCACACAAUUGCAACGACUGUCAACUCGAGUCCAUCUGCAGUCAACGAUGUACGGGCUUCUGCACCGGACAGGUCGCCGCACUUUGUAGCUGAGUCGCCUGGCCUGGCUGUGGCCAUACUAACUUUACCAGCCAUCUUGCCACGUGCGGCUGUAAACGCACCAAAUGCUCCCGAGCACAACGCCAGCUUCUCAGCACCAGGUCCUCCGGUUUCACAAACGCCUGUGACUCCAAAUACACCUGCAAGAAGAAGGAAGCAAAACGUUAAUACAGCUCCGACACACAAGACAGGCACAGCUCACACAACCAUCGAAGACCGCAGCUUGGAGGAGACCGAUCAGGUACCGCCAGCACUAGCGGCACCCGCAGACAGUAAGGCACCACCUGCUGUUGGACACACUGGCAUCCAGGCAUUGCCAACACCUGUAGCUGCUGCAACGCCUGCAACAAUAAUUCCACCUGAAACAAAUGAAGAACAUAUUGAAAGUUCAGCUCACAAUAACAACAACAACGUUACUUACCAGACACCAGAUAAUUCUGCACUAGCAGCAACUAGCCACUACGCACGUGCCACAACACUAACUACGGCCGGCAGCACACCUUCCGAUACACCGGACACAGCGGCAGGCUCCACAGCCGCUGCUGCUAGUCACACAAUUGCAACGACUGUCAACUCGAGUCCAUCUGCAGUCAACGAUGUACGGGCUUCUACACCGGACAGGUCGCCGCACUUUGUAGCUGAGUCGCCUGGCCUGGCGGUGGCCAUACUAACUUUACCAGCCAUCUUGCCACGUGCGGCUGUAAAUGCACCAAGGGCUCCCGAGCACAACGCCAGCUUCUCAGCACCAGGUCCUCUGGUUGCACAAACGUCUGUGACUCCAAAUACAUCUGAAAGAAGAAGGAAACAAAACAUUAAUACAGCUCUGACACACAAGACAGGCACAGCUCACACAACCAUCGAAGACCGCGGCACGGUGGAGAACGAUCAGGCGCCGCCAGUACUAGCGACACCCGCAGUCAGUAAGACACUCCCUGCUGUUGGACACAGUGGCAUCCAGGCAUUGCCAAGACCUGCGCCUGCUGCAACGCCUGCAACAAAAAUUCCACCUGAAACAAUCGAAGAACAUAUUGAAAGUUCAGCUCACAACAACAACAACGUCACUUACCAGACACCAGACAACUCUGCACUAGCAGCGACUAGCCACUCCGCACGUGCCACAACGCUAAAUACGGCCGGCAACACACCUUCCGAUACAUCGGACACAGAAAUACUGGAUGCUGCGUGCUGCCUGCCAUAA